AUGGGUCAACUACCUACUUAUAAAAUUGCUCGACCAUCUAAACCCUUUGCUAUAAGCAAUCUGGAUAAUACUGGCCCUAUUUGGAUGCGAACAACUAAGGGUCGCGGGCACAAGGCAUAUAAGGGCUCUAUUGUAGUUUUUGUUUAUUUUGCUACGAGAGCGGUCCAUUCGGAGGCGUCUUCAGAAAACGCAGCUGAUGGCUUCAUAGCGGCUUACAAACGUUUUGCUGCUCGACGUAGCAUAAGUACUUUUCUUUACAGCGAUUGCGGUACUAAUUUUGUCGGGGCAGAAAGGCACCUCCGAACACUUUUCAAUGAAGCCUCUGCUUUCUCAUCAACCAUCAGCCGCUAUCUUGCUCAUAACGGAACUACAUGGCAUUUCAACCCUCAAGCCGCCCCGCACUUCGAAGGACUUUGGGAAGCAACUGUUCAUUCUGUAAACCAUCAUCUUCGUCAAGUAUUGGGAGAUACUUCUCUGACUUUUGAGGAAAUUACAACCUUCCUUACAUUGGUUGAAGCUUGUCGCUAUUUACGGCUGCUACAGGCUCAGAGCGAUGAUCCGAAUGAUCUGGUACAGUUGACGCCGUGUCAUUUCUUGAUCGGUUCUCCGAUCUUCACGGUUCCAGAAUUUUCUCUUAUCGACCUUAAGCAAAAUCCAUUACAACCCUGGCAGCUUACCAGACAAAUGUAUGAAGAUUUCUGGAACAGAUGCUUCUUUUUGUGA